AAAUAGAAUUUGAGUUGAAGUCAUUGGCGUCAAGCGCUUCCCAACAAUUUUGGUCCAUUCCCUACGACCCACCUCACGUGAUCCCCACCCAGAAAGUGCUGUUACUAAAGGGCCAGCUGCUCCGCAUUUACCCUCCUUCCUUUCUCUCCACCACUUCCUUCUUUCUCUCCGCCGCCGUCUCAGCUCGGAGCUCCGGUCCCGACAAUGAGACCCAAUCGCCCCGCUCCCACAUUCCUCCUUCUCUUUUCGGCUCUCCUGUUCUCUCUCCCCGCCUCCUUUCAAAUUCCGCCGCCGGCGCUUGUUCCCCCGGAGGAUUUGCUGCUGCCGUCCGACGCCGUUUCUCUUCUCUCAUUCAAGUCCAAAGCCGACCUCGACAACAGGCUUCUCUACACUCUCAAUGAGCGGUUCGAUUACUGUCAAUGGCAGGGCGUGAAGUGCGUCCAGGGCCGCGUUGUUCGACUGGUUCUUCAAUCGUUUGGUCUCCGAGGGAUGUUGGCUCCCAAUACUGUGUCUCAGCUCGACCAGCUCCGGAUCCUCAGCCUACACAAUAACUCGCUCCAGGGACCCAUUCCUGAUCUUUCCGGACUCUUCAAUCUUAAAUCUCUCUUCCUCGGCCGCAACUCCUUCGUCGGAGCUUUUCCGCCCUCCAUUCUCACUCUUCACCGUCUUCAGACUCUCGAUCUUUCCUAUAAUAACUUCACUGGUCCGCUCCCGGCGAGGCUCUCCUCGUUGGACCGCCUCAUUACGCUCCGCCUCGAGUGGAAUGGUUUCAAUGGAAGCCUUCCGCCGUUGAAUCAGUCGUUUCUCGAGGUCUUCAAUGUCACGGGGAAUAAUCUGACCGGACUGAUUCCGGUGACCCCCACUCUUUCGCGUUUCAACACGUCGUCGUUUUUCUGGAACCCAGAUCUCUGUGGCGAGAUCAUCAACAAGGCCUGCCAUUCACGUGCUCCAUUCUUCGAAGCUUCCAAUGCCACUCCUCCGUCUCUCCCUUCUGUCCAGAACACUGAAUCGCAGGACGUGGUUCUCUCUCCGGUCUCUCACGACAAGCACAAGGAAACCGGAAUGAUUUUGGGGCUUUCCCUCGGCGCUGCAGUUUUAGUAGCAGGUCUGCUGUGUUUCUAUGCAGCUGCCAGAACUCAAAGAAGACAAACCACGUCAAAGCCGGCAAUGGCGCAGUUUGAAACCGAAAUUGCUUAUUCCACGACUUCCGCAAUCACCGACCGAGUCGAUGGGAAGGGCGAAUUUCAAGCUAAAGUGAAAGAAAUCGAAGAAAUGCCAAAGGCUCAGAACCAGAAGAGUGGUAAUCUUAUAUUUUGUGAAGGUGAGUCCGAGUUGUUCAGCUUAGAGCAGUUAAUGAGGGCAUCGGCGGAGCUGCUCGGUAGAGGUACAAUGGGAACUACAUACAAAGCCGUGCUCUGCAACCAGUUAAUCGUAACUGUGAAGCGCCUCGACGCUACUAAGACCGCCGUGACUAGCAGCGAAGUUUUCGACCGGCAUAUGGAAGCAGUGGGUGCGCUUCGUCACCCUAAUUUGGUACCAGUUAGGGCCUACUUUCAAGCCAGGGGAGAGAGAUUAGUGGUCUACGAUUACCAACCUAACGGCAGUCUUUUCAAUCUCAUUCACGGUUCGAGAUCAGCGAGGGCUAAGCCUCUGCACUGGACAUCAUGCUUGAAGAUUGCAGAAGAUUUAGCUCAGGGCAUUGCUUAUAUACAUCAAGCUUCUAAGUUAAUCCAUGGCAACUUGAAGUCUACUAACGUUCUUCUUGGAGCAGACUUUGAGGCCUGUCUAACAGAUUAUGGCCUCUCUGUUCUGGCAGACUCUUCUGAAGAUCCAGAUUCUUCAAGCUACCAAGCCCCCGAAACUCGCAAGUCCAGCCGCAAUUCCACACACAAGAGUGAUGUCUACACCUUUGGCGUCCUCUUGUUGGAGCUUUUGACAGGAAAACAUCCUUCACACCAUCCAUUCCUCGAGCCAACUGAUAUGCCAGACUGGGUAAGAGCAGUUAGGGAAGACGAUGGUGCUGAUAGUAACCAGCUUGGAAUGCUUACUGAGGUGGCUAGCAUCUGUAGUACGACGUCCCCUGAACAGAGGCCAGCCAUGUGGCAAGUUUUGAAAAUGAUACUGGAGAUCAAAGAGAGUGUCAUGAUAGAGGACAGUGAAUCUAGUGGCUUUUAACGGUUCUUUGACAAAAAAGAAAAGAGAAACUAUCAACUGUAUAUUCCGAUUGGACUCACUCGGUCAAGUUUUUCGACAGCUCGGUCUGAACAAUCUAGGCUUGAGUACGAGGAUUUCCAUAAAAAUUGAAUUCCAGGUAGAGUCUUUGAUGGAGUUUUCCAGGAAUCUAAGAUGAAAGAAAGCUCCAACAUUUACGGUGCAACGAUCUUCGACUUGAAGAUCGACCCGGUGAUGUCAUCUUACUGCUUACUACAGUGUUUUUGGCAAGAGAGAAACAYGGCUUUGUUUGUUUGGAAGAACUCUGGAGGCRUCAUUAUGAAGGCUCUCAGAGAAGUGGCUUUGUGAUCUUCAGAAUAACAGAAACAAGGAAUUGUAAUCACUAUCUACAAGUUUUUAUUUCAAUGAAACAAGAUUUUAUUGUUUUUGACGAGUAGGUUUUUGUUCAUUAAUGUAUUUUAGGAGGAAACUGGGGAGUUGGUUGUGGUGUAUGGACUGGACUGUAUGUAAGAAUAUGGUAUGACCAUUAUGAAACUUAAAAAUGUAGUGUCCAACCGGGUGUUAUUUCUCAUCACCCUAGAUGCCCACGGUCAUUACAUCUUAAAAGUGACUGGUGACUGAUUCUAUUGCAUCUUAUACACCAAAUAAACUAUCACAAUUGUGACCCA